AUGGCUUGGGAACACCUCAGCAUAGACAAGCCGCACUUGGUCUACAUCAUCCUCGGCGGUUUCACCAGUCUGUUCAUGUUAUGUUCGUCCCUCAUCAAAGAAAGACUAUACAUUGGUGAAGCCACCGUCGCCACCAUUUGUGGUAUCAUCUUUGGUCCACAUGCCGCCAACCUGAUCGAUCCUCGCACAUGGGGAAACGAGGACCGCAUCACCCUGGAAUUUGCCCGUAUCGUCUUGGUUGUGCAAUGUUUUGCCGUCGGUGUCGAAUUGCCAAAGUUCUACAUGGAGCGCCAUUGGCGAUCCGUCACCUUGCUUCUUAUCCCUGUCAUGACCUUCGGAUGGCUUAUCACCAGUCUAUUCAUCUGGGCCUUGGUUCCGCCGCUCAACUGGCUCGAUAGUCUGUGUUGUGCCGCCUGUGUUACUGCCACUGACCCUGUUCUUGCUUCUUCGGUUGUUGGUAAGGGAAAGUUCGCCAAGAGAGUCCCUAAGCAUUUGAGAGAUUUGCUAUCUGCCGAGUCUGGUUGCAACGACGGUAUGGCCUUCCCCUUCCUCUACCUGGCUGUCUACAUCAUUCGUUAUCAUCACCACCCGAAUGAAGUUGCUCUCGAAUGGUUCUGCGUCUCGAUCCUGUACGAAUGUGUUUUCGGCGCCAUCUUCGGUGUGGCCAUCGGCUAUGCUGCCCGUCGUGCUGUUAGAUUUGCACACGAACGCGAUUUGAUCGAUCGUGAAUCGUUCCUGGUCUUCUAUUUCGUCCUGGCCCUGUUCUGCGCCGGUUCUGGUUCUAUCCUUGGCCUUGACGAUCUGCUUGUUGGUUUCGCUUGUGGUGUUGGCUUCAGUAACGAUGGUUGGUUUACGGAAAAGACCGAGGAAUCUCAUGUCUCCAACGUCAUUGAUUUGCUCAUCAACUUGGCCUUCUUCGUAUACUUCGGCACCAUUAUCCCUUGGGCUCAAUUCGAUGCUUCCAUCAUCGGUCUGAGUGCUUGGAGAUUGGUCGUCCUGGCGAUCUUGGUACUGUUGUUCCGACGUAUACCUAUUAUGCUUGCACUCAAACCAAUCAUUCCGGAUAUCAAGACUUGGAGAGAGGCUCUCUUUGCUGGCCAUUUCGGUCCUAUCGGUGUAGGCGCCAUCUUCGUUGCCAUCUUGGCCAGAGCAGAGCUCGAGACCGAGACCACAACUCCGCUCGCCGAGUUACCUACCACCGGCGACCAUGUUGCCCUCAUUGAGCUUAUUUGGCCUAUUACAACAUUCUUGGUCAUUACUUCGAUCCUUGUACAUGGUUCAUCGAUCGCGGUCUUUACGCUUGGAAAGCAUAUUAACACUCUUACAUUGACAAUGUCUUAUACUCAAGCCAACGACCCCUCUUGGAUGGAUCGACUACCCCGCAUCCAAUCCCGCUCAAAGAGUUCUAUGUCUGCACGUAGACCCGAUGAUACUGACGAGUCGCUCGAGGAGAAGGGCGAAUACGGAGCGGUGCCUUCUAACUUCCUUCGACGCCAGCGCGAGGAUGACGAUUCUUCGCGUCCCCAAAGCAGAAGACGUUCGCGCAAGUCCCAAUAUGGUGCUGGCGGACCUAUCAGUCAAUCUGCAAUUACGCCACAGCGUACUGAUAGUGAGAAGUUGGACGAGAGUACUUCCCGCAGCGAGUCGGAUGCUUCGCCGGGUUCUACAAAACACAAGCCACCAACUGGUCCUGCCAAGCACGAUGAUGAUGAGCCCGACCAGCCUGGUGAGCCUGAAGGCGAGGUCUACGAGGAGGGCGGCGAGACCGUCUACGAAGAUGAAGAAGGCAAUGUUCUUGCUGUUAGGAAGACCCACAAGGGCGACACUGAAGAGCAACGACAAGAACGUGAGAGAGAAGAGCUUCGUGGACUGAUGCACAAGGAAGACGUUCAUCACGGCGUCGCCCGUAGAAAGGACGAUCCUCAUACGGAGGGAGGCGAGAAUGUCAUCCACGAGUUCAAGAAGGCCGGCGAAGAAGGAGUGCAAGCAGUAGAGCAUCCUCAGAAGGAAUGGCGCAAGCAGAUGAAGAAGAUGGGUCAUCUUGGGCAUUUGCGUAAGAAGGAGGACCAUGAAGAGAAACCCUCGACCAAGCAAUCCGCCAACAAGAGAGGUCCUGCACGCGCUUACCAGUUUGGCAACACUAUCAUCGUGGAAGACGAAGACGGUGAGGUCAUCAAGAAGUACGACAUUCCAGCCCCACCAAAGAAGAACAAGCAGGGAGAAGAAGGUGGCGCAUCGACUGAGGAAUCAAAGCCUGCAGGAGCUACCAGACGAGGUCUGGCCCGCAUGGGAACUGCUUUGAGCGUCACUGGACGUAAGGCAGAUGAAGGAGAGCAGGGCGCAUCAAAGGCCAGGGAGGACAAGAGAAGGAAGAAGGCUGAGCAGGAAGCGGAAGAUGACGAACGUUUACGCUUUACCAUAGGCGCUGGCGGUCAAAGGAUGAGCAAAGCCGAGUUUGUCAGGCAAAUCUCGAGUCUCAACCCUAAGCAACGUGCUUCUAUCGUCGAAGAGAGCGAUCUCCCUGAGGCGAUCAAGAGGGAAGCAAGAGAGAAUGCCAAGAGGGGUGACUCGGACUCGAUCCCCCACCGCCUGCAGUCAAUGCCUGAGAACAGACCAGUCAGACUCCCUAGCAGGGACACUGAGGCCAGUCUCACAGGAGAGUCUCCUGCCGAGACUCGUCCAUCAGGCUUGAGCGAUAGUGCUAAGGUCAAGAGACUGCCUAGCCAUACCGACGCUCCUGCUGGACCUGAGGGUCUGACCUUGGUCGACUCCAACGAUGAGGUCGUUCCUUUCCACGGCGUGACUGGUGAUCUUCGCAGAUCAAGCGGAGCCGGUGAAACCCCAGCUGAGAAGCGACGCCGAGAAGCACGCGAACGCGCUGAUCAAUCCCGCCAAUCACCCAUCGAGGAAGACAGUGAAGAUGACGGCAGCGUAAGGGUACCUCCUUCCCGUCCCCAAGCCGAGGAACGUUACAACUCCGACCUCGAGACCGAAACUGUCGCAGAGCGUCGUCGCAGAGAAGGAGCACUUGGUAUGGCUGAGGAACCAGAGGCCGACUACUUUGCACCACGCGAUGUCAGAGUCGCCACCGGUGCUGUGCGCCCCAACAAGUCACGUAUCGACUUCGACACUGACGGUGAGACUGCUGCAGAGCGCAGGCGUAGAGAAGGCGCUCUUGGACUCAACCAAGAAGAUGACAGCGACAGCGAGGAUGAAGACAACGCGCCUCGCCAGCCGCCGACCAACAUUAGAUUCGCCGAGCCCCAAAAGCCUCAACAAGCCGCCACAUCAUCCACCAGCCCAACCAGUCGUCUGAGAUGGGGCAAAAACAGGAAGUGA